CCCCCACCGACGACCCAUAUCAUAGCCACCGAAAAGAAACAGAGAAAAACACAACAGAAUCACUCUCUCUGUUUACCCACCAUCUCAUUUCUUUUCUUUCUUUUUUUCUCUCUUUAAUAUUUCCAUGGAUUCAAUGUUUCUUCAUAUUAAAAUGAAAUUAAAGCAUUCAUAUUUCUGACCCGAAAUUUUUCUUUGAACCCAUUUCCGGCUUCAUGUUCUUAAUUCGAGAUAUCACCGCCCUUUUGGGCCUCCAUACCGUCCAAGUUUCUACUCCCAUUGCGGAUCCCUCACCCCAAAGAUUCAAGCUUUGCUUCGAACUCGACCUUCAUUUCUGAUCAGUUAAGUAUUGAUUCCCGAUUUUAGAGCUAUAGGAUCUGCCAAUCAGGGGUUUUGAAUCGCUGUUCUUCAAAACCCUAAUUCAGUCCACGGGGAAAAUGUCGAUCAGGGGGAGCAGAUCUGAGAAGGUGAAGAGAAUAUUCCAGCAAUUCGACGCCAACAGGGACAGCGGUCUGAACCGGGAGGAAAUGGCCGCUCUGGUGGUCGCCGUCAACCCCCGCGUCAAGUUCAGCGACGAGCAAAUCAACGCCAUCCUCGACGAGGUCUUCAGGACCUACGGCGAGUUCAUCGACGGCGAGAGCGGUCUCACAUUUGACGGCUUGUUGCGUACAUACGACGACGGCGCCGGCGACGUCGACCGUGACUUCGAUGCCCUGGGACUCGAGCUCAAGCCGGAAAACGAUAACGGCAUCUCAAUUGCUUCCGAAGAGGCUUCCUCUUCCAUGGCCGAUGAUAGAGUCAUGGAACCUCAUAAGAAACAGAGGACCGCCGCGUGGGCCGCCUCUCCCAACCACGGCAUAGUUUUCGACGACACUUGGAAGCUUGUAGACGACCUAGAAAUCCUCAUAAAGCGUCUCAAAGCCAAACAAUCUAAAGAUGGGAAGCUAAAGAAAGAGAACUCUGAUGUGUACUCUGACCCCGGUUGGUCGCGUGAAUUGGGGGCUUCCUCGGAGAUCUCGGAGAAACGGGUAGCCUGGGACGAGUCAGGCCACGACUACCCCGCCUUUGUGAAGGAGUUAAAUGUAUUGAGGUCUAGGGCGGAUGGGGCACGGUCAAGGGAAGAAGCUUUCGAUGGCCAUAUGGCCUUAGGCAGAGUUCUAUAUGACCACCAAUUGUUCAAGGAAGCAUUGGUGAGCUUUAAGAGGGCCUGUGAGCUACAACCUGCUGAUGUCAGACCUCAUUUCAGAUCCGGCAAUUGCUCUUACGUUCUCGGAGCCCACAGCGAGGCGAAGGAAGAGUUUCUUCUUGCAUUAGAUGCUGCUGAGGCUGGCGGCAACCAGUGGGCUUACUUACUCCCUCAAAUCCAUGUCAACCUUGGGAUCGCACUUGAAGGUGAAGGUAUGGUUUUAAGUGCCUGUGAGCAUUAUAGAGAGGCUGCAAUUUUAUGUCCUACACAUUUUAGGGCACUAAAACUCCUAGGUAGUGCCCUUUUUGGUGUGGGUGAGUAUAAGGCUGCCGUUAAGGCCCUCGAAGAGGCUAUUUAUAUGAAAAACGACUAUCCGGAUGCACAUUGUGAUCUUGCUUCGGCUUUGCAUGCCAUGGGCAAUGGUGAUGAUGCAAUCAAGGAGUUUCAGAGAGCCAUUGAUUUGAGACCGGGGCAUAUUGACGCCCUUUACAAUUUGGGUGGGCUUUAUAUGGAUAUGGGUAGGUACCAGAGAGCUUCAGAGAUGUACACGAGAGUGUUGACUGUUUGGCCCAACCAUUGGAAAGCCCAACUUAACAAGGCUGUGGCUUUGUUAGGUGCCGGCGAAAAUGAGGAAGCGAAGAAAGCUUUGAAGGAAGCUUUGAAAAUGACAAACCGAGUCGAAUUGCAUGAUGCUUUAACCCACUUGAAACAGCUUCAGAAAAGGCGGGUUAAGGUGGGAGGGAGCACUGCCACAGACGAGGGUUCAUUUAUAACCGUCCAACCACCUUCAAAGUUCAAGACAGUAGGGGAGAGAACCACGUCACGGCCUGAGCUAGCCACCGCCCUUGAAAUUCGGGCCUUUCAACGGAUCACCCGAUUGAAGCGUUGUGACGUUGACAUCCUAAAGAGGGAGAUGGAUGAAAACGAUGUUCCUGUUUCCUAUUCAGGAACCAGUUCACCCGUGAAAUCAAUCCGAAAGGCUUCUCUUGAGGAAAUCCUGCGCAAGUUGCUCAGCUUCUUGAAGCCUGAGACGUUCGUAGAAGCCGUGAGGGCCGUGAACCGGAAGAUUCUCUCGGUUUUGGAUGAGUCGGGAUCCGGGAGGGUGGAUUUGGGAAUGUUUUUUGCCCUUAUUGCCCCUCUAUGCAAUGGGGCCCCUGAGAGACGGAAACGGGUCGCAUACGACGCGCUUAUGUGGAGACCCGUGAACGAGAGGGUUGGUAACACAGGGGUCAGGAAAGUUGAUGCUGUGAGGUACAUAAAGCUGUUGAGAGCCGCUUACAUUCCUUCGCAAGGAACAAGUGAAAUUCUUGAGAUUCAUGGGGGUGAAGUGGACAUUUCACCAGUUUCUUUCCAAGAAUUCCUUCUGAUGUUUGAUGAUUUGGAUUGGGGAUUUGGGAUUAUGAGUACAUUGUUGAAGCUCGAGGUCGGGGAUAGGAACCGUCAUGGCAGCCAUUGUUGUGCUGCUUGUCGGUACCCCAUUAUUGGGUCCCGGUUCAAGGAGAUGAAGUCGCAUGUUAAUUUGUGUGGCCAAUGUUACAGUGAAGGGAAAAUGCCACAGAGCUGCAAGCAGGAAGAGUACAAGUUCAAAGAGUAUGCAAGAGAAGGUGAGGCUGUGAAGGAUAAAUGUAUGUGGUUUGGUUUGCACUCUAAAAGCUCUUCUUCUCCCACUGCCACAACUAGCUAACUUAUUAGUCAAGCUCUGUCCAUUCAUGCUAUAGUAUUUUGUAUAAUAAUUUGCCUUUAAGUGAUGACCACUGUCAAUUCUUACCUCUAAAAAUUUGUGCAGUUUCUGUUUGGCCAGGUUUGUAUUUGAUCCGUGCUCAACUUCAUCUUUUGUCCUAAACUACCAAAGGCUGUCGUUAGGGCAUGUUUGGGGAACUAUAUAAUAUAAAAAAAUUUAAGUUAUUUCUUUGCAUUAUAAACUUUUUAAAUAAGGAAAAGGAAUU